ACGCACUGCCGUCAGAUAGAUGAAAAGGCAAGAAAUUUGUUUGUCUCUCUCUCUCUAGUUCUAGUUCUAGUAUAUAUAUACACUGUGCCAGAUAUAUUAUUAUAUAAAAGCAAGCGGUGGUGGGACUUUUGAGCGCAGACGGAACGGGCCAGCCGAUCCGGACGGACCUCCGCGCAUUCGAUCCAGCAGCACCCAGCAACAUCAUUUCGAUUUAUUAUUACAUCAUCCGGCCAUCAACGACGAAUUCCAUUUUGUAGGCCUAACUACACACAUCAGCCAUUCUCUAUACCAAAUUUAAAGUUGAAUUACAUCAUCAUCAUUUGAAAUCGAUUUUGUGUCAUCGGUGUGAUCUUUUGUGUGACCCCGCCCGCGAAAUCCAAAGAGAAAAAGUGUCAAAAAAUUAUUGGCGGGUUUUUUGAAUCCCCAAAAGGAAACCAAAAAGAAAAAUGGCGACCGGGAAUGGCGGUAAUGCAAUCGCCGGAAGUGCUGCCGGAAGCGGUCUCAACACCAGCAGUAGCGGAGGUGCCGGAGGACUCUUCCCGUCCAUUGUGGAGUUGAACGUGGGCGGCGUCCACUACACGACGACCCUGUCGACUUUGACCAAAGAUCCCGACUCGCUGCUGGGCCAAAUGUUUUCGGGCCGUUGGCGUCCUGGCGGCUUGAGUCCCGCCGGACCGCCGCCGCCCGUUCUGCGGGACUCGAAGGGCAAGUACUUUAUCGACCGUGACGGAGUUCUCUUCCGCUACACGCUCGACUUCCUGCGCAACCAGAAACUGACUCUGCCCGAGAACUUUCACGAGUGCGAGCGGCUCAAACAGGAGGCCGACUACUUCCAAAUGGCCGAAAUGAAGUCCACCCUGCUGGCCGCCACCAGCGGACUCAACUCGUCCUCGGCCCGUCUCUUGCCCGCCUCCUCCUCUCCCGACGCCCUCAAUCCCGACGAUCUGCUGGCCGGCGAUGGAAUCGUCUCCCCGACCAUCGUUCCCGAAUUGGCCGUCGUUCUACCGCGCUCGUCCGGCUACAUUACCGUCGGCUACCGCGGGACGUUCGCCUUCGGUCGCGACGGGCUGGCCGACGUCAAGUUCCGCAAACUCUCGCGCAUUUUGGUGUGCGGGCGGGUGGCUUUGUGCCGCGAAGUGUUUGGCGAGACGCUGAACGAGUCGCGGGACCCCGAUCGCGGGGCCAGCGACCGCUAUUCUUGCCGAUUCUUCCUCAAGCACACCUUCCUCGAGCAGGCGUUCGACAUGCUGCAAGAGGCCGGCUUCCAUUGCGUCGCCUCCUGCGGAUCGGGAACGGCCUCGGCCGGCACCGACAUCAAACCCGGAAUGGACUCGGAGGAGAAUCGCUGGAAUCAUUACAAUGAAUUCGUUUUCGUCCGGCGUUGAUCAAUUGAUUUAUGAAGAUAUUAUUCUCAUCUCUUUAAUAUGAUUUGUUAUUAUUUUCAGUUAUAUUAGAUUAUUAUAUAUUAUGAUUUGCGCUGUGUGUGCUGUGAAAUGUUCACCAUCGCUGUUGUAUGAAGAACAAAUUAACAAACAUCUCUAUAUUGAAAAGAAAUGAAGAAACAAUAAUUGAACAACUGAAUUAUAGUAUACUGAACCAAAAUCCCAUCAGCAUCAGGUCGCGGUUGUAUAAAACAUGAAAUAAUUCAAAUUCCAGUCAUCAUCUCUAUAAUAAUAUCGAAUUUUUCGUCUCUCUCUCUCUCUCUCUCUCUCUCUCUCUCUCUCUCUUGUUAUAUAUUUGUUUUGUUUGAUUCAUUAUUAUUAUUAUAUUAUGAUAUAUAUAAUCUAUUACAAUAGUUGAUUCUUCCCCCUCCUUCCAAUCAGCAGGUCAAUCUCAUUAUUAUUCAAUAAAUGAUUUGAAUUCCAUCAUUUCUUUACAUCCUAUAUAUUAUAAUUCAGUCCUCCAUCAGAAUAUAAUCGUCGGACAAGGAUCAUCAGCGACAGUUUGAAUCAACAUUCCCCAGCAUAUAUAUUCCAUUACAAAUGAUGCCAUUCGUUAUUUCUAAUAGCCUAUAUACGUGCUGUGCUACAAUUCUAUCAAAUUAUAUAUAGGGGCCUAUCGGGCCUACAAUUCGCGGUUAUAUAUUUCAGAUGAUGAUGUUCACACACGCACACGAUCCGCCCAGCUGCUGUUAUUCUGCACAUCAUAGACAGCAGGGCGUGAAAAAGAGAAAAAACACAUCGACAGAACUGGAUUACAACAGCACAAAUUUUGUUCCUCCCCGAGAAAACCAAAUUUUGGUUAUUAUAUAAUUCUUACAUUGUUUUAUUCUCUCCCCCCCCCCUCAUCUCUUCUCCACCCUUUUUCUUAUAUACAUAUAUAUGCGCCCUCCCAAAUAAUCUUGAUAUAUUCAACUCAUAUUAUUUAGCACUUCUAUAAUAUAGGAUGACAAAGUGGAAAAAAACUGAAUAAAUAAAAGAAAA